CAUUGUUGUCUUGAACGCCAAGGCGAGCGAACACAGUAGCCGAUUAUUAGUGAUAGUGUGUCAAUAUCUCAGGUGCUAUUAACUGCUGGUGUAAUACUGGUGGUAGUUCAUUAGCUACAGCUUGUUUUAACAAGCUAAUAACAAAAAAAGUAACGCUGGAAGUGUGGUCUCUCCAUUUUAUCGAUGUCACUUGCGUAGUCGAAAGUUGAGUGACCAAAUUGAAAAAUUAUUUGUUUUACUUCUCGUCACAUUUGCGGUGCGGUGUGGCGUAAAUUUACAAUUUUCGCAAAAUACAUUGACCGCAUUUGCCGUUAUUCGAUAUACGGACGAGUUUAACGCGGAGUAAACAUUUUUCUCUUUAUGCUUCUGUUGACGCCGUGUUGUACAGCGUAUCGCCGCCAGUGGUGCCGACAAAGAUGCGCCAGUGACUGGAUUUAUUCGUCUGUGAUGCUGUGAAAGCAAAUCGCACAAGUAAAAAGUCUAACCAAACCGAACUCAGUACGAAACGAAAGCAGUGAAACUUAUAGAGAAAACUGUUUCAGACUUUCUGCCAACACAAAAGAACGACGAGACUGCUCUACAUACAAUAGGCUUGGCCAAGCGGCCUGCAGGCAGGCAAAAAGGCAGAAUACAGGGUGUAGUUAAAUUUGUGUUUUACGCACUGGCCGGCCAAAGCAUCUUUAAAUAUUCACAACGUCCACCCACCAAAUUUCGUUAGAUACGAAAUACAGACUACAUUAAUAAAAUAAGAAAAUUUUAAAAUAAUAUCAAUUUUUUAGGCAACAUUUAUAUACUUAAAAUUCCAUAAUUGUAACUGUCGCAACGUGGUAGACCGCAAAAGUUAGCUAGUGGUUUAUAGAGAACUUAAUAUAUUUUUUGAUUAAUAUUGUCUAAGUUUGAAUUUUAAAAGGACUAUUUAUGAAUACUAUUGAACGUAUCAAUGUAAUCGUAUCAUCAGAAUCAUCAAUAUCAUCAUCAUCAUCAUCAUCUCCAUCACCAUCUUCAUUGUCAUUAUCAACGCCAGUUAUAUCAUCAUCAUUAAACGAACUGGAUUCAUUAAACACCAACAAUUCGUCAACAACGACGAAGACUGCGACGGCACCAUCACAGUCCCCCACUGCGUUAUCAUUGACGGCAGAUACAUUGACAACAUUUUCAUCAUCUUCUUACAGACAAGCUCAGUCUAGCGCACCUAGCACUAACACUCAAGCACAUUUACACGACCAAACGCAGACGACGAAACAACCACUUUUGGUUGCAUCACCAACACCGCCGCCCACGCCGCCUCCAUCUAUUAUCGAUUCAUACUCAUCAUCCGCUUCCACAUCACCUUGCUCAUCAACCACCUCAGCAUCCUUUCCCCAAACGUCUAUUGAAAAGUUCAAGAAUCAAGAGACACAAACCCAAUUGACCCUCACAAAUUCCCUACUGCUCUCCUCCACAGCAUCUGUCGUUGCCGCUGCUAUCAAAAACCAGUCCCUUGUACGCUCUGUGACCGCCACUAGCAUAAUGGAUAUGCCCUUCAACACAUCACCCUCGCUGCGCGUGCGUACCACCUCGCUCAAUCAAUUGAAGAAAACAGCCGAUCUUGCCAUCGGAAAUGAGUUGCAUGUCUGUCCUAGCGUUAUGUCUGAUGAAUUGCGCAAAUUGCUACCACCGACAUCUGAAACGGUAAUGACUAAGCCAUUUCCGGUGCGAGGUGAACGCGCCAUUACCGACGUUACUACGCCGCAUGUCAUUGCCAUGGUCGGUUUACCAGCUCGUGGUAAAACUUUUAUCUCGAAAAAACUGGCGCGUUACUUGAAUUGGAUAGGCAUUUCGACGCGCGUCUUCAAUUUGGGCGAAUACCGUCGUUGUGCAACCACAGCCUACAAGUCACAUGAAUUUUUCCGCGCUGAUAAUGAAGAAGCAAUGGCCAUACGGAAUCGCUGCGCUAACCAGGCACUUCACGACUCCUGCGAAUGGCUGCUGAGCGGCUUGGGCAGCGUUGCCGUGUUUGAUGCGACAAACUCGACAUGUGAUCGUCGUCAACUAAUCUACGAUACUGUCGUUAAACAACAUAACUUCCGCUUGUUCUUCGUGGAAUCUAUCUGUGACGAUCCAAAUAUUAUCGAACAAAACAUUAAAGAAGUAAAGGUGAGCUCGCCCGAUUACUACAAUAUGAACACAGAACUUGUGGUACGUGACUUUUUACAACGUAUUGAACACUACGAAGAGCGCUACCAACCGAUUGAUGAGGAAACGGAAUCGCAUCUUAGCUUUUUGAAAAUUUAUAAUGCAGGUAAAAAGACUGUGGUGUAUAACAAUGAGGGUCAUGUAGAAUCACGUAUAGUUUACUACUUGAUGAACACCCACAUAACGCCACGUACUAUAUAUUUGACGCGUCAUGGCGAAAGUGAACAUAAUCUAAAGGGGCUUAUUGGUGGCGAUUCGAAUCUUAGUGAACGUGGUCGCCAAUACGCCAAGGCAUUGUCUUCGUACAUUGAACAGCAGCAUAUUGAUGGAUUACGAGUUUGGACGUCGUGGAUGAAACGUGCUAUUCAGACCGUGGCAGAUGUAAAGGCACCACAAGAACGCUGGAAGGCGCUAAAUGAGAUUGAUGCCGGUCAUUGUGAGGAGAUGACCUAUGAACAGAUCAAAGAAAAAUUCCCUGAAGAGUUCAAGGCACGCGACUUAAACAAGUUUGCUUAUCGUUAUCCACGCGGGGAAAGCUAUGAGGAUUUGGUAGCGCGUCUGGAGCCGGUCAUAAUGGAGUUAGAACGUCAAGGUAAUGUGUUGGUAGUAUCGCAUCAAGCGGUUUUGCGUUGUUUAUUUGCUUAUUUCUUGGAUAAGUCUGCCGAUGAGCUGCCAUAUUUAUUUGUGCCGCUUCAUACAGUCAUCAAGCUGACACCGGUAGCUUAUGGCUGUAAGGUGGAGCACAUUAAACUGCCAAUUGAUGCAGUUGAUACACAUCGUCCCAAACCGAAGAUACCCGGUGAUGUGUCUCUGGGUCUCGAUGGAUUGAGUGGUGAAUUGGUGGCACCCGAUGGCGUGGGUAAGGUUUUGAUUGUAGGUGACGAUGUCAACGCGGCAAAUGGCUGUAACAGAGCUAUGGGCAAUGGAUUGGCAGUGCUGACAGAGGGCGUGGUUGUUGGCUCAAAGGAUGCAGCCGAGAGCAACGCGGCCUACCUCUGACGGCAACAUCCAAAUACACCACUCAAACGAGGACUGCUGGCAAACCUCCAAAGGGUUAAUACAUUAUAAGAUAAUGCAACAUAAGCAAACAUAUACACAAUGUACAUUAAGCAUUCGAACUGAAUUUGUAAUGAUGAACUUUUGAUUGAUAGUUAACUGAUAGCUGAUGGUGAUUUUACACACGCGUUUUUUUAUAAGAAAUUAGCGAUAUUGAACUGUUUAAGAGGUUCAUUAAUGACACGGAAGUUUACUAUUUGCAACUUGGAUAUGACUGGACUCGAUUUUGUAUGCUAAGAGUAUAGUUUUAGCUAAAUGUCAAUAAAUUAUAUGUACUUAUGUAUGUAAUAGAACGCUUUUGUGAGAAUAUUUUCGUCUAGUUACGUGAUGAGUACAUAAUUACGAAACUAAACAUGCAUAUAUUCAAUACAAUAUUAUCAUAUAUUAUUACCCAAAGAUUUAAAAAUUAAGCAUAAUUGUUAAUAAUACAUACAUAUAAAUGAUUGUAAUACAUACUACCAAUAUCUAUCAAUUUUUAAAAUUAUUUUCGUAAAUUUGUGCUAACAUUUUUUCGCGUAUGCUUGUAUUUUAAUGAACUUGUGAAUUUUGUAUUCAAUAAAACUUACUAAAUUUUUUUGCAGAGGUAAGAAGACUAGGCUGAAACUAUUUUGUAGCUAACAGCAUAUUACACAAAUUCGUAGACACAUAUAUAAACAAUUUUAUUGUUGUAAAUUAAUACAAACUAAAAUACAUAAAUUUUGUAAAAGUAAGUUUUUUGUCAUUAUUUAAAAACAACACCUAAUGUACUGAAUCCCAAAUAAAUUAGCAUAUAAUAAAAGCACUAUA